UUAUAUUAAAACUAUUAACUAUAUAGUUUAAAUAAACAUGUAUGUAAUGUGUAACACGAUUUAGUAUAAAGUCAGUAAGUUUUAGCAGAUGUAGCAACAUACCUACUUUGAUUUAUUAAUGGUUAAAAAAAAAUUAAUGGCUAAUAAUGAUAAUAAUUGUUAAGUCCCCUCUACCGGCUUAAUAUUCAAAAAUAAUAUAUCAAACGUUGUACUACUAGUCUUGUACCUGGUCAAUGCUAAAUAUUACACCCCUCACACAAAACGUUGUCUUGGAAACAAUAGACGCAAACAUCAGACAUUUGAAAUCAUGCAACUCGUGCAGGAACAUGAUUACUCAGUUGACCAUAUAUAAGGCACAAGAGCAACAAAUUAUAAAGUGCUAUAAUUUUAAUCAGUAUAAUAUAUUAUUUUUAACUCAAAACGAAUACUGUAAUAAAAUAACUAUAAUAUAUGUAGUAUAAUAAGUGUAAGAUGACAGGGUCAUCGGUCGACAAUUGGGACGUAUUAGACGAUUUGAUCACUAAAGAUGAAGCCAAACGAAAAAAUCAAGACAAAAUGAAUGAGUUGCGAAGACCGGCAUCGUCGACCACCACAAGGAAAACGACGACAGACGAUUGGCUGGGCCUGCGGCCGAAAAGCAACGCGGAGAUAACGUCGUACGAACCAUCGUCACACGGCGGUGGUGGGCAAAAUGCAUCGAGGCGUCACGACUUUAGGCGACAGAGCACGCAACAGCGAACGUCACGCUCGGCGGGCUUGUUGUUCAGCGAUGACGAUGACGACGACGACGACAAGAAGAAUAAGACCACCAACCGAAAUGUUUUGGACUCGUUAGCCGAUGCCACGUACCGUGGUACCGGUGUAAGUUCCGUGCCUUCACCGGUCACAACCACGGUCAAUGGAGAUGCCGCCCCGUCAGCCGACCGGACGAGGACCGCGGUUUCCGAGCCACAGCUGACGUUGUCGAAACGACGAGAGACGUCACCGUCCAUCGUCACGGUCGCCAAGAAAACCGCGGCAGCCUCAGAAAAUAUGCCUUCUUGGUUGAGUGGGUUAAUACAUAACACAGACGAAACGACCACCCUGACUAUCGCUCCUCCACCAACUAAUCAUCAUAUUUUGUCCACUGACAAAAUGGUUGACGAAAAUGUUCCUCAGAAAACUGAGAGAAUUGAAAACGAAAUCACCGAAGAGAAACCGCCUACGAUUUUAUCGUUGCUCAGAGGAAAAGACAGUAUCCAAACAUCCAUGUUAGAAUUGAUCCGAGAGCUGGCUAAAAAAAAACAAGACAUACAGCAGGCUGCAAUAACAUUGAUCCAAGAGCAACAAAACAGCGACCUCCUUAUUAAAGCGUUCUUAAUGGAUAAUAGUUAUUCUGUAAUGAACCCCGAUACACAAGAGUUAGAACGUUUACGGUCAGAGAAUCACAAAUUUCAACUGACGAACGACCAUCUUUCAAAAACACACGAAUUAGAAUUAGAUGCCUUAAAGACUAAAUAUGAAUUACAGCAAAAUGUGUUGCAUGAAAAGCUAGAUCGUUAUGAAGAGCGAGUAAAUGAGAUGGAAGAAGAACGAAAAGCCGAUAUGACGGAACGAAAAGAAAAUGAAAAGCGCUUAAAAGACAUGUAUGAGGAGAGGUUACGUGUGAUGCACGAGAGUCAUUUAAUGGAUCUCAAACAAACUACUGAAGUUCAAAGGAUUAAAAUGAAUCAUUUGGAAGAAGUUGAAUCCUGCUUACGUGAUUCAAAACCAAAGCGUUUGACCAGCGAAGAGAUGACCGCUAGAGAAAUUUCAAUUACUGCUCAAAACAAACAACUUAAAGAUUUACAGGAAGAAAUAGAUAAGCAGUUGGCCAUGUUGGAAGGAGAAAGAUCAGCUCUUCAAAUGAAAACCGAAGAGUUUCAAUCGAGAAAUCAGCGGGAACGAAAUGAACUGGAACUCUUUAAUAAAGAGCUAAAACGAUCUAUGAAGGCAUUUGAGGAUGGUCGUAAAAUAUGGGAACGUGAAAAAAAAUCAGAAACACAAUAUAUUGAAAGUCGCAAACAAGAGUUGGAGGAUGUUCGUUCUUCGGUCAUUGAAGAACAACGCAAGUUGGCAGAAGAAAGGUUUGAAGUGGCUUCUGAACGAUACAAACUUGAAACCAUGCUGAAAUUAGAUGCUGGUACAGGAACCGAUUUGAUACAAGCUAAAGUGGAAGUGAAAGAGAAUUUUAAGGAACUAAAAAGAAAAGAAAAAGAAUUAGACAAACGAUUGGAACAUACAAAAGAACUAGAAAAACAUCUAGCUGAUGAAAAAAACAGAUUGCAAGAACUAGAUGACCAAAUUAAAAUGAAAUCAAUUCGUGCAGAAAAAAUGUUUAAGAUGGCACUUUCAAAACAAGAAGAAGGUCUUAAUGCUUUGGAGAAUGCUAAAGAUAUUCAAAAUAAGUUUGAUAAAAAAGGUAAAGAUAUUCAAAAUCGACUAUUGGAUGUUAUAAAACGUGAAGAAAAUAUUGUUAUGGAAGAAACUAAAAUAGCCAAAGAAAAGGAUUCGUUUAGCAAAUUACGAAAAAAACUUGAUUUGGUUCUACCUCAAUUGUCUGGAGAUGAAAUGCGUUUUUUAGAUCCUAAGUUGAAUAAACAUGAAGCUGAAAAGGAAGUAUAUUUCAAGACAACUCAAUUAUACUAAUUGUAAGCUUUGUAUUGUCCAAUCUUCUGGUUACAUAUUUGACUAUAAAUAGUUUCUGGAGAUUACAUUUGGUUUUACUCAUAAUAUACAAAAAAUUAAAGUGUAUAUACUCCGGCCCACGAGAGAAGUAACCCGUUUCGCGCAUGCUGACUGGCGGAAUUCCCCCACUUAGUGCCUUUUGCUGUAUGUCAAAUACGUGGAGAUGCGCGGAUUCGGACGCGAUUUGGUCGGGACACGAGUUACUUCUCUCGUGGGCCGGAGUAUAGUUCCACGCAUAGACCAAUAUAAGUCUAUGGUUUUACUGUAUUGUUUGUUAUCUCCAGUUAUUCUCUGUUGUUUGUACACAAGCUGCUGCGUAAAUAAAUGUUAUUACUUAUAAUCAAUUAUUUUUUAUAAAUUAAUUAUUUAUUUCUAACUUUAAAGCAAUGUAAAAGUGUAAGUGGUAUUACCAUAAGUAACUUGGGAUUAACGGAAUUAGUUAUACUUUUCAAAUUCAACAGAACCAUAAAAUGUUUUCACUUACCAUUUAAUUCACAUAUAAAUCAAUGUUACAGAUAAAGACUAUUUGAAUUUUAUAUUCCAUAGCUUAACAGAUUAUGUACAUAUUAGAACCCUACAGUCUACAUUUAGUUUUUUAAUAUUUUAGCAAUAUUAAAUGUUGUUAUACAUACAAAACGACUCAAAGACAUUUAUCAUUAUAAUUUGUUUUUAUAUUUCUAUAUAAAUUGUAGAUAAUAAUUUACAAAAAAAUGUAUAAUAAUAAUAAUAAUAAUUAUGUUUUAUAGUAAUAAUAAUAAUAAUAAUAAUAAUAAUAAUAAUAAUAAUAAUACGAUUAUAAAUAAAAUAAAUUAUAAAAAUUAACGUGAAAUCAAUAUUAAAAAUGUAUACGCAAAUAAAUCAUAAGUUACGAAAUGUGGUUGAAUAAUUUAAACAAGUAAUAUUUUUAACAAGUAUUAACAUUAACUAUUC